CGUAACCCUUACCAAACUGCAAGGGCUUAUGGGAGUUCUUCAUGCUACAUAACUACUAAUGACAGGACGCCAAGAGGAAAGGCACCAUGCAAGGGGUUCGUAUCAUAUCAGCAUUGACAGUCAUAUUGAAUAAAACAAUAGCACAACAUGCUCCCUGGUUUUGGGCUUCAGUUUAGUUGUUUUUACGGUAUAACUAUGUGUGCUGGAUCUUCAUGUGUCUGUAUGUGGGUGUGUCCUCUGUCCUUAUGUGUCUGUAUGUGGGUGUGUCCUCGUGUGUCCUUAUGUGUCUGUAUGUGGGUGUGUCCUCUGUCCUUAUGUGUCUGUAUGUGGGUGUGUCCUCGUGUGUCCUUAUGUGUCUGUAUGUGGGUGUGUCCUCGUGUGUCCUUAUGUGUCUGUAUGUGGGUGUGUCCUCUGUCCUUAUGUGUCUGUAUGUGGGUGUAUCCUCGUGUGUCCUUAUGUGUCUGUAUGUGGGUGUGUCCUCGUGUGUCCUUAUGUGUCUGUAUGUGGGUGUGUCCUCUGUCCUUAUGUGUCUGUAUGUGGGUGUGUCCUCGUGUGUCCUUAUGUGUCUGUAUGUGGGUGUGUCCUCGUGUGUCCUUAUGUGUCUGUAUGUUGGUGUGUCCUCGUGUGUCCUUAUGUGUCUGUAUGUGGGUGUGUCCUUAUGUGUCUGUAUGUGGGUGUGUCCUCGUGUGUCUGUAUGUGGGUGUGUCCUCGUGUGUCUGUAUGUGGGUGUGUCCUCGUGUGUCUGUAUGUGGGUGUAUCCUCGUGUGUCUGUAUGUGGGUGUGUCCUCGUGUUUCUGUAGGUGUCUGUAUGUGGGUGUGUCCUCGUGUUUCUGUAGGUGUCUGUAUGUGGGUGUGUCCUCGUGUUUCUAUAGGUGUCUGUAUGUGGGUGUGUCCUCGUGUGUCUGUAGGUGUCUGUAUGUGGGUGUGUCCUCGUUUGUCUGUAGGUGCCUGUAUGUGGGUGUGUCCUCGUUUGUCUGUAGGUGUCUGUAUGUGGGUGUGACCUCGUGUUUCUGUAGGUGUCUGUAUGUGGGUGUGUCCUCGUGUGUCUGUAGGUGCCUGUGUGUGGGUGUGUCCUCGUGUGUCUGUAGGUGUCUGUAUGUGGGUGUGACCUUGUGUGUCUGUAGGUGGGUGUGACCUCGUGUGUCUUUAGGUGCCUGUGGGUGUCAUUAUUAUGCAAAUGAUUAAUAGCAGGGGUGGCAUGGUGGUGCAGUGGUUAGCACUGUUGCCUCACACCUCUGGGACCCAGGUUCAAGUCUCUGCCUGGGUUAUAUGUGUGUGAAGUUUGCAUGUUCUCCCCAUGUUGUCGUGGGAUUUCCUCCGCGUACUCUGGUUUCCCCCCACAGUCCAAAGACAUGCUGAGGCCAAUUGCACUUGCUAAAUUGCCCGUACCAGUGUGCCAGUGUGAGUGA